CCGACCUAGACCGUCAUAUACAGGGCAGUACAUGCAUUAUAAACAUCAUAGCUAUUGAUAAAACUGGAUCUCUGCAGCUGCUAUAUCUGGUAUAUCUCAGUUUCAAACCAAUCAUCGAAAUGAAGUUCGUCAGGUUUAUAAUGAAGAAUGCUGCUUUGGCCAAUGUGCCUCAUCACAUCGAACACUUCUCCAAAUUUUCACCUUCUCCACUUUCCAUGAAACAGUUUCUCGAUUUUGGUUCCACGAACGCAUGUGAGAAAACGUCUUUUGCUUUCCUGAGACAAGAGCUGCCCGUACGACUGUCAAACAUCAUGAAAGAAAUCAACUUGCUCCCCAAAAGAUUACUUACCACACCUUCUGUACAAAUGGUUCACAGUUGGUAUACUCAGAGUUUGAUGGAGAUCUUGGAAUUCCUGGAGAAAAGUCCAGAUGACCACAGUGUGUUAGAAGAGUUUGUGGAUGCUCUGGUCAACAUCCGAAACAGGCACAAUGAUGUUGUACCCACUAUGGCCCAAGGUGUGAUUGAAUAUAAAGAAGUAUUUGGUCAAGAUCCAGUCACUAAUCAGAAUAUUGAGUAUUUCCUGGAUCGUCUCUACUUGAGCCGGAUAUCCAUCAGAAUGCUCAUAAACCAGCACACUCUUGUAUUUGAUGGAGCCACAAAUCCAGUUCACCCCAAUACCAUUGGCAGUAUAGACCCUCAUUGUCAGGUGGCAGACGUUGUUAAAGAUGCAUAUGAAAGUGCCAAGAUGCUGUGUUAUCAGUACUACCUCUGCUCACCUGACCUGGUACUUCAGGAACUCAACACUAACAACAGGAACCAGCCUAUCAGCAUUGUGUAUGUGCCUUCCCAUCUGUACCAUAUGCUAUUUGAACUGUUCAAGAAUGCAAUGAGGGCGACCAUUGAGAACCAUAAAGAAGGCAGUAAUCUUCCACCCAUUGAAGUCAUGGUGGCCAUAGGAGGAGAGGACCUCACUAUCAAGACAAGUGACCGAGGUGGUGGAGUUCCAUUCAGAAAGAUGGAGAAUCUCUUCAGUUACAUGUACUCCACAGCACCAACACCCCAGAUGGAUGAGAAACAAAUGGCUCCCCUGGCUGGGUUUGGUUAUGGGUUGCCCAUUUCUCGACUUUAUGCCAAGUACUUCCAGGGUGACCUCCAGCUCUACUCUAUGGAGGGCCAUGGUACUGAUGCGGUCAUUCACCUGAAGGCUUUAUCCACCGACUCAGUCGAAAGGCUCCCCGUGUUUAAUAAGACAGCUCGACGGAACUACGAGGUCACGCAGGGGGCAGAUGACUGGUGCGUUCCCAGUCGAGAGCCACUGGACCUGGCCAGGUUCAGACUGGCCAAGUGAAAAGAAGCAUGAAGCCUCCAGGAAGGAAAUAGGACAGUUCUCUGACCUUCUGACAUGAGUGAAUGGGAAAGGACAUGGUGUCCACAUGGCAGAGCCCCAAGUCUCCACUCACCGUGAAGCCGCGUGUAGUCUCACAGCAAUACCGUAGUUGUUGCAUGCAAUGGUUUUCCUCUGCACCACCACCAUGACUUUAUCAUAUCAUUUUUUUAUUUGAGAAACUAGGCUUUGUCACAGUGUUACCUGCAGACCAUACUAACUCAUAUGAAGUGGAACAAAGUGCCAAGAUAAUCCUUUAUUGGAAGACUGUUUAGUGGACGUUCCAGUGUGGAAAAGUGAGCCAGACGGUCAAUUUACUUUCUGAAGCCUGCGUUAGCAGACAAGGGCCGUCUAGACUAGUUAUUGGAACCAGAAAGUGACAACAGGCUUAUGCCAA